UAAAUAUAUAUGUAUAUAUAUAUAUACACACACGCUAUAUGGUACACGAAUCAUAACUUGCUAUCACAAUUUUUCCUAAGAAAAAUGGCCUCUUUGGCUUCCUCUUCGUGCAGUACUGAGUCAGUCGCAAAUAAGGAGCUGGAUGUGAAGUCAAGGUCAGUGUCGGUGAGGAUGGCGCACGAGCUUCUUCAAGCAGGACACCGUUACCUGGAUGUCAGGACUUCUGAGGAGUUCAAUGCUGGGCAUCCUCCUGCGGCUGUUAACAUUCCUUAUUAUAACGUUAUUAAGAAUGGUGGAAAAGAGAUGUUGAAGAAUCCAAAAUUUUUGGAGGAAGUAUCAUCUGAGUUUGGGAAAGAAGAGAAGUUCAUUGUUGGAUGUAGAUCGGGAGGGAGGUCACAAAUGGCUGCAACUGAUCUGCAGGCUGCUGUAAGUUACAAUUUUGAAAUUUUCGUUGUUCAUUACCCCAUUAAAACCAUAAAUUGCUUCCCCAACUCCAUGAAAUGAGAUGUGAGACUGUGAAUACCCAUUAGAAGCAGCUAUGCAUGUAAAAGUUAAUCAUUUAAUUCCUAAAGUAGCUUCAAUCUCUUAUAUGAAUUGGGGAAAAUUUGAUAAAAAAAAAACUGUGAUGCUCUUGCAGGGUUUUACCAAUGUCAUUGAUGUUACUGGUGGCUAUAUGGCAUGGAAGGAGAACGGGCUUCCUAGUACUGAAUGAAUGCAUUAGAAA